AUGGCGACGGCCAAGCUUAGUCUCAGCUCCACCGUCAAGCUCAACUCGGGCUACGAGUUGCCGCUGCUUGGCUUUGGUGUCUAUCAGACGCCAAAAGACCAGGCUACGGAUGUGUGCAAGGAGGCGCUGAGGAUCGGCUAUCGCCACAUCGACUCGGCCUCGGCCUACUACAACCAGGGCCCAAGCAGCGCCUCGAUCGCAGCCUCGGGCCUCAAGCGGUCCGACGUCUUCUUCACGACAAAGGUGCCGAUGCGCGGCUACCCGCUCGGGUACGAAACCACGCUCAAGCUCGUCGACAUGGCCCUCGCCGUGACCAAGCUCGGCUACCUUGACCUGGUGCUCAUCCACUCGCCCUACGGCGGCGCCGAGAACCGCAAGGGCGCGUGGCGCGCGCUCGUCGAGAGCGUCGACGCGGGCAAGGUGCGCUCCAUCGGCGUCUCCAACUACGGCGUCCACCACCUCGACGAGCUGGAGCAGUACAUGCGCGAGCUCCAGGCGCAGCGCGGCGGCGGGCCGGGCGGCGGCGGCGUCCUGUCCGUCGGCCAGUGGGAGGUGCACCCGUGGCUGACGCGUCUGGACAUUGUGCGCUGGUGCCGCGAGCGCGGCGUCGCCGUCGAGGCCUACUGCCCCAUUGUGCGCGGCGAGCGCUUCGGCGACCCCAAGGUCAAGGCGCUGGCCGACCGGCACGGCAAGACUGAGGCCCAGGUCUUGCUGCGCUGGAGCCUGCAGCAGGGCUACGUGCCGCUCGUUAAGAGCGUCACGCCGUCACGCAUCGCCGAGAACGCUGCCGUCUUUGACUUUGAGCUGUCCGAGGCCGAGGUCGAGGGACUUGCCACGGGCGACUACAGUCCUUGCGCGUGGGAUCCGACCGUCGAGCCGCUGGACAAGUAG